GCGACGCCUUGCGUAGAAUCUUCGCCGCAGAGUGCUAAUCAGUGUAUUUCCGACAUCUAACGGAUCCAGGCAGUGCCAUGGCUGAGCCUGAGGAUCUUCUCUCCGAGUCUUUACAAGUUCUGUACGACUGUGCGCCUGUUGCACACUCGUCUGCGGGAUCGGUCUUCACCUACACCUAUCCUGGGCUGUAUACUGAAAAAAUGACUCGCAGUACCUCCAACCCGUUGCUGACUAUUACUGUCCGAACACCCGAUACUCAGGCUGCCAACUGGCCCCUGCAUGCAUCCUCCAUAUGGAUGUCAUCUCUGUAUAUGGCUGAUAAUCUCUCUGAGCUGGAUCUCGACCGCCAUAUACGCGUGGUGGUCGACAGGGGCGAACGCUUACGCGUGCUAGAGUUAGGGGCGGGGGCAGGCCUUCCGGGAAUCCUAAAUGCUAGGUUGUAUGAUGAUGUGGAAGUUGUCUCGAGUGAUUAUCCCGACGAGGAGCUCAUACGGACUUUAUCGGACAACAUCAAGCAGAAUGAGGGUCCAGACAGGUGUCGUGCCGUGCCGUAUGCCUGGGGAUCUGAUCCUGCCAUUCUCUUCACCCCCUCGCCUAAAGGUGCAUCGCCAUUGGAUCCGAGCUUCGACGUGGUCAUCGCCGCCGAUACACUGUGGAAUUCCGAGCUGCAUUCCCUCUUCAUCCAGACCAUUUGCUCGACGUUGAAGAGAUCGACUGAGUCCCGGGUAUAUCUUGUUGCGGGCUUGCACACAGGAAGGUACACGAUACAGGCGUUUUUGAGGGCUGUAUCAGAAACGGGGCUCGAGAUCGAGACCGCCACGGAGAAGGAAAUUAAUGGCACGACGACUCGACCGUGGAACGUCGAAAGAGACGAGGAGACUGAGAAGGACCGGAGACGUUGGGUGGUAUGGGUGGUCCUCAGGUGGGGAUCGCUUUAG